GAGGCGCGAUCGCUCUGCCGAGGGACUGAGGGGCUGGGACUAGCCGUCUCCUCUCUGCAGAAAAAGCUCCCUGCCAGCAGAGCGCACGGCGUUGGCUCGGAAGAGGAGAAGCAGCUGCUCGCCACCGCCUUUCCAGCCUCGCUGCUUCCCGGUCCUUUUCCCCACGCCUGCCUGCCUGCUCGCUCGCUCGCUCUCUCGCUCGUCUUUCCUAGUUCCUGGAUCUUUGACUUGGGCGAGAGAGACAUUUGCAUCCUCCGGACCUUUUUUUUUUCUUCCUCCCCACCCUUCUCGGGGGGAUGCUCCUUCGCCCCUCUUUUCCACUCCCUUUGGCGGCGGUGUUGCUUUUCUGCCCCCGGAGCUUUCCGCUUUGCAAAGCCAAGAACCAGGGGGAGAAAGAAGCGAGCGGGAGACCGGGAAGAGCCCAGCGCUUCUUCGAGUCGGUCGCCUCCGCCGCCUCUGCCGCUGCCGCCGGUGCGCUGAAUUUCUUGGGCGGGAGCCCGGAUGUUUUCUGAGGAUGCUUUGCAAUUGUACUAAAGGAGGCAAUACUGGAGCGAAUCAGGGUUUGUUGGGCUUUGAUGCAAUCAUGGGAAUCAGGUAAUAACCGAGCGGGGGAAUUUAAUCGCCGCAGCAGCUCCGGUUUCUUCUUUGAACUGCUUCCCCCCACUCACCCACCCACCCGCCGCCAGCGAUCUCGGCUGUUUGGGAUUUGGAGGAAUUAAAAACCAGAACUCCGACUUGGGUGAUUAUUAUUAUUGUUGCUACUGGUCCCCUCGUUCCUCUACUUUUAAAUGGUCAAUGAAAACAAGAGGAUGUACAUUCCAGAAGAAAACCACCAAGGUUCCAACUAUGUGAGUCCCCGUCCGGCUCAUGCCAACAUGAAUGCCAAUGCAGCAACAGGGCUGGCACCUGAGCAUAUCCCUACUCCGGGUGCAGCUCUCUCCUGGCAGGCUGCUAUCGAUGCUGCCAGGCAGGCGAAGUUGAUGGGUGCUGCUGGCAACGCAACCAUAUCCACCGCUAGCUCCACACAGAGGAAACGGCAACAGUAUGGGAAACAGAAAAAACAGGGUACCACGACCGCUACACGUCCUCCCCGGGCACUGCUGUGUUUAACAUUGAAAAAUCCCAUCCGGAGGGCAUGUAUCAGUAUUGUUGAAUGGAAAUAUCCUUUUUUGGUACCAUUUGAAAUUAUUAUUUUACUGACUAUUUUUGCCAAUUGUGUGGCCUUAGCUAUCUAUAUCCCCUUUCCAGAAGACGAUUCCAAUGCCACCAAUUCCAAUCUGGAACGAGUGGAAUAUCUCUUUCUCAUAAUUUUUACAGUGGAAGCAUUUUUAAAAGUAAUAGCAUAUGGACUUCUCUUUCAUCCUAAUGCUUACCUCCGGAAUGGCUGGAAUUUACUAGAUUUUAUAAUUGUGGUAGUAGGGCUUUUUAGUGCAAUUUUAGAACAAGCAACCAAAGCAGAUGGGGUAAAUUCACUGGGAGGUAAAGGUGCUGGAUUUGAUGUUAAAGCACUUAGAGCUUUCCGCGUACUGCGCCCUUUACGGCUGGUAUCUGGAGUUCCUAGCCUUCAGGUGGUGUUAAAUUCCAUUAUCAAGGCCAUGGUCCCAUUGCUGCACAUUGCCCUGCUGGUGCUGUUUGUCAUAAUUAUCUAUGCCAUCAUUGGGUUGGAGCUCUUCAUGGGAAAGAUGCACAAAACAUGCUACUUAACAGGGAUUGCCACAGAUACACCUGCAGAAGAAGAACCUGCUCCCUGUGCUCCAGUAUCUCAACAUGGACGGCAGUGUCAGAAUGGCUCUGAGUGUAGGGCCAUAUGGGAGGGACCCAAGCAUGGCAUUACCAACUUUGACAACUUUGCCUUUGCCAUGUUAACAGUGUUUCAGUGCAUCACCAUGGAGGGCUGGACAGAUGUACUCUACUGGGUCAAUGAUGCCAUAGGAAGGGAGUGGCCCUGGAUCUAUUUUGUUACACUAAUCAUCAUAGGCUCAUUUUUUGUACUUAACUUGGUUCUCGGUGUACUUAGCGGGGAGUUUUCUAAAGAGAGAGAAAAAGCAAAAGCUCGAGGUGACUUUCAGAAACUAAGAGAGAAACAACAACUGGAGGAAGACCUAAAGGGAUAUCUAGAUUGGAUAACUCAGGCAGAAGAUAUAGAUCCAGAAAAUGAGGAUGAAGGCAUGGAUGAGGAAAAGCCCCGAAACAUGAGCAUGCCCACCAGUGAGACGGAAUCUGUGAACACCGACAAUGUGGCUGGAGGCGAUAUUGAAGGAGAAAACUGCGGCGCACGAUUGGCGCACCGGAUUUCUAAAUCUAAGUUUAGCCGCUACUGGCGUAGAUGGAAUCGAUUCUGUAGACGAAAAUGUCGAGCUGCUGUCAAAUCCAAUGUGUUCUACUGGCUUGUGAUCUUCCUGGUGUUUCUCAACACACUUGCCAUUGCCUCUGAGCAUUACAAUCAACCAGACUGGCUCACUGAAGUCCAAGACACUGCGAAUAAGGUAUUGCUGGCUUUGUUCACGGCUGAGAUGCUGCUGAAGAUGUACAGCCUGGGUCUUCAGGCUUAUUUUGUGUCUCUCUUCAACCGCUUUGAUUGUUUCAUCGUGUGUGGCGGAAUCCUGGAAACUAUCUUAGUGGAAACAAAAAUCAUGUCCCCACUUGGCAUCUCCGUGCUGAGAUGUGUACGACUUCUGAGGAUCUUUAAAAUCACAAGGUACUGGAAUUCCUUGAGUAAUUUGGUGGCUUCCUUGCUCAACUCAGUGCGCUCCAUUGCCUCCCUGCUGCUGCUCCUCUUCCUCUUCAUCAUCAUCUUCUCCCUCCUAGGGAUGCAGCUCUUUGGGGGCAAGUUUAACUUUGAUGAGAUGCAGACCAGGAGAAGCACCUUUGACAACUUUCCACAGUCAUUGCUCACUGUGUUUCAGAUCCUGACUGGGGAGGACUGGAAUUCGGUGAUGUAUGAUGGAAUCAUGGCUUAUGGCGGCCCCUCUUUUCCAGGCAUGUUGGUCUGUAUUUACUUCAUCAUCCUCUUCAUCUGUGGAAACUAUAUCCUGCUGAAUGUCUUCUUGGCCAUUGCUGUGGACAAUCUUGCUGAUGCCGAAAGCUUGACAUCUGCUCAAAAGGAGGAGGAAGAAGAAAAAGAAAGGAAAAAACUAGCAAGGACUGCCAGUCCUGAGAAGAAACGGGAGCCCGAAAAGCCAGCUAUGGAGGCAGAGACAAAGGAGGAAAAAAUUGAGCUGAAAUCAAUUACAGCUGAUGGAGAAUCUCCAUCUUCUAAUAAGAGCAACACAGAUGAAUAUCAGCCAAAUGAAAAUGAAGAGAAAAAUCCCUAUCCUACUGCAGAGACACCAGGAGAAGAUGAUGAAGAAGAACAACCGGAGAUGCCCGUUGGACCUCGUCCUCGCCCUAUGUCUGAACUGCAUCUUAAGGAGAAAGCGGUGCCAAUGCCGGAAGCCAGCGCUUUUUUCGUUUUCAGUCCCAACAACAAAUUUCGAGUCCACUGCCAUCGCAUUGUUAAUAACAAUAUUUUCACCAACCUGAUCCUUUUUUUCAUCUUGCUCAGCAGCAUCUCUCUGGCAGCUGAGGAUCCAGUUCGGCAUUACUCAGUUAGAAAUCAAGUUCUUUUUUAUUUUGAUAUAUUUUUUACUGUCAUUUUCACCAUUGAAAUUGCCCUGAAGAUGACUGCUUAUGGGGCUUUCCUUCACAAAGGCUCCUUCUGCAGGAACUACUUCAACAUCCUGGACCUUCUGGUGGUUAGCGUUUCUCUCAUCUCCUUCGGGAUCCAGUCCAGCGCAAUCAAUGUGGUGAAGAUAUUACGUGUUUUGAGAGUCCUCAGACCAUUGCGGGCAAUCAACAGAGCGAAGGGUUUAAAGCACGUGGUUCAAUGCGUAUUUGUAGCCAUACGAACCAUAGGGAAUAUUGUGAUCGUGACCACCUUGUUGCAGUUCAUGUUUGCCUGCAUUGGCGUUCAGUUGUUCAAGGGCAAACUGUACAGCUGCACUGAUAGUUCCAAGCAAACAGAAGCAGAAUGCAAGGGCAAUUUUAUCACUUACAAGGAUGGAGAAGUGUCUCAACCAAUGAUCCAGCCCCGAAGCUGGGAGAAUAGCAAAUUUGAUUUUGACAAUGUCCUAACAGCUAUGAUGGCCCUUUUCACUGUUUCAACCUUUGAAGGCUGGCCAGAACUGCUGUAUCGAUCUAUUGAUUCCCAUAUGGAAGAUGUGGGGCCUAUCUAUAACCACAGGGUGGAGAUCUCAAUUUUCUUCAUUAUUUAUAUCAUCAUCAUUGCUUUCUUCAUGAUGAACAUCUUUGUUGGUUUCGUGAUCGUCACAUUUCAAGAGCAAGGAGAACAGGAAUAUAAGAACUGUGAGCUUGACAAGAACCAGCGUCAAUGUGUAGAAUAUGCCCUGAAAGCCCGGCCCCUACGAAGAUAUAUCCCCAAAAACCAAUACCAAUAUAAAGUAUGGUAUGUGGUGAACUCCACCUAUUUUGAAUACCUGAUGUUCGUCCUCAUCUUGCUGAACACUAUUUGCCUGGCCAUGCAGCACUAUGGUCAAAGUAUCCUCUUCAAACAAGCAAUGAACAUCCUCAACAUGCUGUUCACUGGCCUUUUCACCGUUGAGAUGGUUCUGAAGUUAAUUGCCUUCAAACCCAAGGGUUACUUUAGUGAUCCUUGGAAUAUUUUUGACUUCCUCAUCGUAAUUGGCAGCAUUAUAGACGUCAUUCUCAGUGAAACUAAUAACACAGAGGACAACUCUCGCAUCUCAAUCACCUUUUUCCGACUCUUCCGUGUGAUGCGUCUGGUGAAGCUCUUGAGUCGAGGGGAGGGCAUCCGCACGCUGCUCUGGACGUUCAUCAAGUCUUUCCAGGCUCUCCCCUAUGUGGCUCUAUUAAUAGUGAUGCUGUUUUUUAUCUACGCCGUGAUUGGAAUGCAGGUGUUUGGUAAAAUUGCACUAAAUGAUACUACAGAAAUCAAUCGGAACAACAACUUUCAAACAUUUCCCCAAGCUGUGCUCCUGCUUUUCAGAUGUGCUACUGGUGAAGCUUGGCAGGAAAUCAUGCUGGCAUGUCUACCUGAUAAGAAGUGUGACCCUGAUUCUGUGGAACCAAACAGUACUACUGAAGGUGAACAUCCCUGCGGGAGCAGCUUUGCUGUGUUUUAUUUCAUCAGUUUCUACAUGCUUUGUGCCUUUCUAAUCAUUAACCUUUUUGUUGCCGUUAUCAUGGAUAAUUUUGAUUACCUAACCCGUGAUUGGUCCAUUCUGGGUCCCCAUCAUCUGGAUGAGUUUAAACGGAUUUGGGCAGAGUAUGAUCCUGAAGCCAAAGGACGUAUCAAACAUCUAGAUGUCGUAACGCUCCUGCGUCGGAUACAACCUCCUUUGGGUUUUGGAAAGCUCUGUCCUCACAGGGUAGCUUGCAAGCGUCUUGUCUCUAUGAAUAUGCCAUUGAAUAGUGAUGGAACUGUUAUGUUUAAUGCAACUUUAUUUGCACUAGUAAGAACAGCACUAAGAAUCAAAACAGAAGGUAAUUUGGAACAAGCCAAUGAGGAGUUGCGUGCAAUCAUUAAGAAAAUCUGGAAGCGCACUAGCAUGAAAUUGUUGGAUCAGGUUGUACCCCCAGCAGGAGAUGAUGAGGUUACAGUUGGAAAAUUCUAUGCCACAUUCCUGAUUCAAGAGUAUUUCCGGAAAUUCAAAAAACGCAAAGAACAGGGUCUCGUGGGCAAACCUUCACAACGUAAUGCUCUUUCUCUACAGGCUGGUCUGCGCACAUUACAUGACAUUGGACCAGAGAUUCGAAGGGCAAUAUCUGGAGACUUAACAGCAGAAGAGGAAUUAGACAAGGCCAUGAAAGAAGCUGUUUCUGCUGCUUCUGAAGAUGAUAUUUUCAGGAGAGCUGGUGGUUUGUUUGGAAAUCAUGUCAGCUAUUACCAAAGUGAUGGCAGAAGCUCAUUCCCUCAGACAUUCACUACUCAGCGCCCUUUGCACAUCAACAGAUCUAGCAACAACCAAGGAGAUACUGAAUCCCCAUCCCAUGAGAAGCUUGUUGAUUCCACCUUCACGCCAAGUAGUUACUCCUCAUCAGGUUCCAAUGCUAACAUCAAUAAUGCCAACAAUACUGCCUUGAGUCGCUUUUCUAAUCCACCAAGCUAUUCCAACAUCGUCAGCACCGUGGACAGCUACAGCACCCCUUCCUCCACCACUGUACGGAUCCAGGAAGUUCCUUGGAAGUUCAGUUGCAAAAGAUCCUAUUCCAGAGACAGCCAAGUAGCAAUUGUUAGUGAAGAGGAAGCUCCUCAGGAGGAAGAAACAUACAGUGAGCAAUUAAAUGAAGAAAUGGAAUAUUGUAGUGAACCAAAUUUAUUAUCACCUGAAAUGUUAUCAUACCAAGAUGAUGAACACAGACAGCUAACUCUCCCAGAAAGCAAAGAAGACAUCCAGCCACCUCCAAAGAUUGGAUUUCUACAUUCCUCAUCACUAAGUCGAAGAGCAUCCUUCCAUCUGGAGUGUCUAAAGAGACAGAGAAAUCAGAUUGCAGGUGUUCCCCAGAAAACAAUAUUACCUUUGCAUCUAGUACAUCGCCAGGCACUAGCAGUUGCAGAUCGGACUCCUCUUCAAAGUAGUCAUUCAUCAAUUAGAUCUUCUCGACCCUGUUCCACACCCUCUGCAACACAUUGUACACAAGACUGGCCACAACAACACGAUAAAGGAUUGUGGCCUGAUAAGGAGGAAUCCAAUGAGAAACUCAAUAAUAGCUUCCCAUCAAUAUACUGCAGCUCCUCAUAUUGUGAUAGCACCAGCUCUAGCAGCACCCGAAAAGCCAGGCCAGUCUCCCUUAUAGUUCCCAGUCAGACAAGAGAGUGUGGCAGGCAAUUCCACGGUAGUGCCAACAGCCUUGUUGAAGCGGUCUUGAUUUCGGAAGGACUGAUGCAGUUUGCUCAAGAUCCAAAGUUCAUUGAGGUUACCACCCAAGAACUAGCUGAUGCCUGUGACUUGACAAUAGAAGAGAUGGAGAAUGCUGCGGACAACAUUCUCAAUGGUAACAGCAAACCAAGCCCCAAUGGCAACCUCUUGCCUUUUGUUAACUGCAGGGACCCAGGGCAGGACUGUAUGGGCGAAGAAACAGAAGCAGCCCAAAACCCAGAUUCUAGGAAAAGUCCAGAGGAAUCUAAGGAUACCAGGAUUUAUAUCAGCAGCCUGUAGUUGCUGAAGCUGAAAGUGAUGCUGGUUUUUUAAUUUGUUUCAAUGUUCCUAAUGGGUUUGUUUCAGAAGUGCCUCACUGUUCUCGUGACCAGGAGUAACCAGAACAGCAUUCUUCAUUUAUUUCUGUCGGGAAGAAUUGCAGAGUUGGGUGGUAUAAAAGAGCUUUUCAGGAGUGAAUAUGGAACCCCAGCAUGUGUCCGUGAAGGAAGAAUCAGGAGAAAUAAAAGGCAGUGUGUCAGCUCCCUUCUUUUUUCAGUCCCUGCACAAGGAACAACAGCUGCUUCCUGAAUGUGAAGGAAAACCUCAACUUCCUAUGGAUGGCCGUAGCCAAAAGGACACUGUAUCAAGCGGGUGUCUUUCAAUUCUGCUUGUACAAAUAGGAAUCAUUUUGCACAUGUUCUGUAUGAGCCUCACUGUCUCCAUAAAGCCAAGACCCUUCUGAUCUACAAGUGGAAUAGACUUCUGCAACAGAUCCCACACAUUGCUGAGGAGAAGGAAGCAGAAGUUGCAAGAUAGGAGAUGCAGGUGGCAAUAUUGCAGAUGUUUCUUGAUGGAAAUGCAGAGACUCCCAGGCAGUUUUCUCUGCCAACCAAUCAGAGCUCAGGCAGUCAUCUCUGCCAAAUUGAGUUCAAGACAGAUAGCUGUGCCAAUGGCUCCAAGAGCAUGAAGCCAGCUCUGUCAAAAGGAGUUCAGGCAACCCGCCCAUUUCUAAGAGAGGUGGUGAUGGGCUUAUAUGUAGAUCUCUCCUUGUUCUUGCUAUUUAAUAUUUUCUUGAAAGCAUGUUCCAAUUUUUAUUUUUGGAUAUUUUAUUUUAUUGUAUUUUAUUUUUUAAGGGAGAGGGAUGGAGUGUUUACAGAGUUUGUAAUCACCUGCCUUUUUGUUUUCACCUUCACAAAUGUUUAACAUUGAUUUUGGUUUUUUUGGUUUUGUUUUCCUCCACUGACAUUUGGUAGAAGCUAAUGAUAUUAGGAGUUUUGCCAAUCAUAAUGUAUACCAGACUUUGUAAUUUUAUUUGAAGUAAUGAAAUUUUCCUUUUUUGUUGUUGUUUUAUAAUUUAAAGAUAGUAGGCAAUGCACUUGAUAUAAUCUUGCACAUAUGAAUGAUUGAUUUGGAUUCUUUAUAGUACUAGGUAUAUUUGCAAUGUGUGAACGAAUGAGCAGGACUGGGUGAAUGAGUGAGCAAGUGAAUACACACCUGAAAGUGUGCAACUUGAUACAGUUCUCCAUUUCCUGGUUAUAACUGAAGGAGAGCUUUAUCUGGGGUGAUUUGAGUGCAAAAAUAAAUCACUGUCUCUGCUUUUGAAAGGGGAAUCAGUAACUCUUUGCAUUUUCUGUUCCACAAGAUAUGCAAAAACAAUGCAAUAAUAUUAAUUUUGAAUAAAAUGUGUGAAUUGUGCUGGCAUUAAAACUGUAUAGAAAAACAAAACAAGGGGAUUAAAAACAAACAAAAACAACCAAGUGAGAAGGAGUUAUAUUUCAAUAUAUUCCGUGUGAUGUUUUAUUGCAUUGAUAAUGUUUCUGUUGAAGAAACCGUAAUACUUGAAUUCAGGUCAGUUUCAGUAUUUUUCAACUAUUUUUUUAAACUGAAUAGCAAUUGUGCCAAGCAAAUAUAAUAUGAAUUAAGUUUGUUUAAGGGGAAAAAAUAACAAUUCUUGUAUAUUUUGCUGCAUGUAAAGUAAAUCAUUUCGUAUUUGGAGUGUGCCAAGCUUUACCUUUGAACUUUAAGUGCUUUUCUACAUGUGGUUGGGGGAAAGGGUAUACUAUUUUUUUUCAUUUUUAAUUUGUAUAAUGAACAAAGUGUACCUAGUGCUAAGUAAUUAUCCUGCAACCCACUGAUAGGUUGAACAUUAACUGAUUUUGCAUAUCUUGUGUUCAUUUUCCUUAGUCUGCACUUUCUUAAACAUGCAUGAUAAUGAAUUGGGAAGACUAUCUUGCAUUUUGAAGCUUGGAUUCUUAUCCACUUUCUUCUUUUGCAUAGUUUCUCUCAGUGAUUCUCCUAAUUAAAAAGGUGAAUAAUUCCAUAUGCUAGGAUAAUCAAAUAUAUCCAAUCCUGUAAACUGAGCUGGCAUCAGCAACCUGGGACGGGAGUAUCUUCUUUUUAUUAUAUGCCGCAAAUAUUACAGAGAUUAUUGUUAUGACAUCAAAUAAUGAUUGUCAGCAGUUUGUUGAAUAAUUUCUAUAAAUUCAGUAGGGCAUAGUAUACCUUUAACCAAAUUUGUAUGUGUAGAGAAGCUUCACUUGUGUACCUCAGAAGUCUAGUUAAAUAUUUUUCAUGGUAAAAUAAAAGGGAAAGAAACAGAUUAAAGAAAAUAAAUAAGAAUGUAACAUUUAUUGUAACACAUGGCCAAUAUGAAACAGGAAUAUGCAUAACUAUAAAAUGAAGAAUAACAUAAUAACUGUUACAUGCCAAGAAGUAUUUAGAGAUUGUGAUUAAAAGUCUGAUAUAAGUCAAAAAUCUCAUAAUGAAUAAAUAAGACAAGAAUUUUAUAUUGUAUUAUAUGAACUGAUUGAAAAACUUAGAAUAUAAUUACCAUUUUCCAGAACUGAAUUUACAAGUCCUUAAUGAAUGAGAAUAAUUCAUAAAAUUACAAAAAACAAACACAGAAAGACCUGAUAUGGUAGCAUACAAAAAAAAAAAGGAAGAAAUGUUGACUCCUUUCAAAUAUUUAAAAACAGGCGCCAGGCGCUUCUGUAGCCUCAGUUCACAGAUUCAUACAUGCAACAAUUUAGUACUUGGAAAUGUUUGAGCAUAUCUAUUACUACCUACCUCCUGAUCAUAAGGAAAGCAUUUUGGCAUAAUUCAACAUCAACCACUUGUUUGAGAAUUAGCAGAAUAAUUUGAGUAGAUUAAUAUUGUAAUUAUAUGCUGCUCAGGAUUAAAACUAUAGACAUAGUUUGCAAUUCAAAAUUUGGAAACUCUUCUGCAGGCCCACAUGCUCAAUAUAAUAUAAUCCUCUAUACCACACAGGUCUCAAAAGGGGAGGGGGUACAUGCAUCAUGAUGUAUAUUCAUUGAUGAGGAAAACAUACAUAAAUCACAGGCCAAAGGCAAUUUGACGUAAAUAUUUCAAAUACAGUUUCUAACAGAAGCAACUUUCCUUCACAGAAGAUGAAUAGUUUUUGGAGAUGCUACUCAUAGGAAAUGUUAUUUUGCAAGAAACAAAGGUCAGUCAGUAGGAAUCCAACAUGUUAAUAAUAAUCUUUGAUUCUCUGAAUACUGAAAUUCAGAUUUCUUCUAAAUCAAGUAAAAUCUACUCUAGAGUGCUUUUUAGAGUACUCUUUAUACACCAUAUAGAGCCCCCUUCAGAAUUAUAAAGUUGAACAUUGAAAUCAUUAUAACCUUUGGUUAAUGCAGACAUCCAAAUUAAACUGUUUCAGAAAAAUGGAUGUUUUUAUUUAUCUACUGGAACACAUCCGAAGAAGCAACUAUCUUUCUGGGUAGUUGGUUUCAUCAUCAAACAGCUCUUAACAGUUAGGAUAUUCUUACUAAAAUUUAUUUUGAAUCUGUCUUCCUAUAGCUUAAAUCUAUUAUAUCAUCUGUUGCACUCUGAAAUGAGAAAACUGAUCCAGAGUUUUUUUAUGUGGUGUUCUUUCAGGUAUUUGAAGAGUGCCGUUAUAUUCCUAUUAAGUUGUUUUUUCCUAAGGCCAUCUAUAGUCCUCCACCAAUCUUUCUGAGUUACCCUAUACAAUAUUUUACUCCAAUCUGAAGGAACCACUGUUGAGUAUCAUGUUCAAGCCAGCUCUGUAUCCAUUCAUAUGCCAUCCAGCCUAAACUUAAGCCUAUAAACUUUGAUAAAUAUAUUCUGAAAUCAAAAUACAUUAUUCUCAUAAUCUGACAUAUUCAUUUUACCAUUUGUUUCUAAAUGAUAGUACAUUUAGAAGUGUGAAAGCAUAUCAGUUUACUGAGAUUUCUUUAAACGGCAGUCUUUCAAAAAUAUCCUACAAUAAAUAAUUUUAGAUACUUAGCAUCAAUGUGCCAUACUACACAUCUUUUUCUAUCUUCACAGUACAAAACUAAAUUUCUUCUACUAUAUUAAAGUAGUAGAAUCUGAACAUUCCUUUUCUUUUCUUUUCUGCAAUGUACCUAUUCUUUUUCUUUAGGGUACUUAUACUCCGUUCUUCAAAGUCAAACAAACCCUACCUUUACUAUGAGCAUAAUAGUCAUUAAUUUAGCUAUUGAAAGUUUCAAAAGCCCUGCAAAAUGUUUUUAAAUAUCCAAAACAUUCAUAAUUAUUGAUAACUCUUGCACUAAAAUCUUUGUGCAUGUUAAUCAUAAAAUAGUUUCCCUGAACUAUCAGUCAAUAAAUAUAUUGCCUAUAACACAAAGAUACAAAAUCUGCCUGAGUAUUAAAUUCCUUCUUUCCUUCUAGUUAUUUGUCUAGUUUUCCCCUUGAUAUCAUCAUGGGGGGCUAGUUCAUAUCAGCAUCUUGAUUACUAGGUUGCAGUGCCUUGGAGUAAAUUCAAACUUAAUGAGAAAUACUUCUAAAUACAACUGUGCUAUUUGUAAUUUUGACCUUGGGUAAAGAAAUUGCAAAAGCAUAUGAGCCAAAGCAGACAUGUUCUUGUGGGUUAAUUUAAAUUGCUGACUUUUGGCUAUAAUAAAGAAUUCCACAAGCACCCACUAACUGAGAGAAUUAAUUUAUUGUUCAACUACAAUAGAUGAAACAUCACAACUUCACAAAGUAAAAGAAGUAAAACUUCACAUUAUCUAAAGCUCAAAGAUACAUUACAUUGUGUAGAAUAUGAACAAUAUGAAUCUCAAGACCAAAUGCUAUGAAUCUACAAUAUGGCUUAUUGUAGAUUUUUAUUGAAUAUAAUAUUCCCAUAGAAGCAUACUGUAGGGCUAGAAAAGGUUAAUGUUUGUGUACAAAUUUAUUUCAGAUCAUCAUGAACUUUUCCCAAAUUUUCUGGGGCUUUUAAUAUUGCAUUGAUAGCAUAUUAAAAAAUCUCUAUUGCUACUUAGAUAUCUCAGAAACAGCUUAAAGUUUUUCACCAGAAUUAGUUCACAUUAAUUAGUUCAAUUGUAUAAGCACUCAAUUGGCAAGAAAUUGUAAUAUAUACACAUAUAUUAACGCAUAGUAUAUAAUGCAUAGUAUAUGCAUUAGUCCUAAAAUGUAUACUAAUCCUCAUUCCCAAUAUAAAUAUAUAUUACAAAUUCUGAUGAACAAGGAAAAAGAUUAAAAACAACUAGCUGAAUUAUUUUUUACCAGCUGUGAAAAGGGUUAAAAUAUGCAAUUACAAAAUUAUUACUUGUGAUAACGUUCUGUUUACCAACAUCAAGAUGUUUUCAGGUCAAGCUCAGCUACUGGUGACUUACAUGGAUACACACAUAUUUUUAUGUGAUAAGCAAGUGGUUUGCCAAUGCCUUCUUUCAAGAAUAUUUUUAACUUCCCAGUAAUACUUCCAAGGUUUUCCUCCUUAGCUUCCUAGAUCAGUCAAGGUCAGCUAGGUGUUGCCAGGAUCUUUUAUUUACAAAAUUGAAAUCCACAGGUAGCAUAGUACCAGUGUAACUGGUCAUAUAUGGUGCUAGUUCCUUAUCUCCUGUGGUAUAUAAGCACCUUUUGCCCAGUCUUUGCAAAUGCCAAAUUGCUUUAUUUACUUGGUAUAAGAAUAAAAUUAUGACAUUGCACAUUCAGGUAAAACAUAGCUGCAAUAAGUGAUGGCAUAAGUAACGACUAUUGAACAGUGCCAGAUCUAUACAAAAAGAAUAAAGAAGCAUAUUCUCCAGAUGAUAGUGAAGAAUAUGUCAUUUAUGAAUUGAUCAAAAGGAAUAAUUUCUAUACUGAUCGAGUAGCAUAGGGUCUAUUUAUAUCGCCAAUUUCUGCAUAUUUGCUAAGGCUCUUAUCUGAACUAUUCAUUUGUGUAUAUUCUCUAAUAUACGAAUAUGCAUAAUGAUUUUUAUGCAAGUUACAGUCAAAAUAAGUGAUAACAUUCCAAAAGCCUAGGGAAGAGCAUUAAUAAACUCUUUACAUAAGGUACGGUGCUUAUUUUGUGCUUAUGUAAAAAAAAAAAAGAACUAUGAGAGCUCAAAGAUCUGAAAAGGGAUAAUAUUUAGGGUAAGUUAUUUUGCCAUGAUUAUGCAUUUGGGAUAUUAGUUACAUCUCCAAUUAAAGAAAAACAAUUCAAUACUCAGCUUGGUAGCAACACUUGGUUCAUUUCUGAAAAUUAUCAGUAUAUAUGAACACUAACAUAUUAGUCCCAAUUUGUACCCUUUCAGAUAUUGAUCAGUAAAAAUAAAACUGUAUCCUGUAUCUAAAUAAGAAAUUGGUGGAUAAAAGGGAAGUUUGCUGGUGCCAGCACAUUUUGCUGGUGGGUAGUUGGCAGUUCAGCUCACAUGGCUGUAAUUUAGAAAGAGAGAAACUUCAAAUGGGUAUGAGCAAAGAGCUACUGCCUCCUUUAAGCGGGGCAAAGUUUGGGGCACAGUAGAAAAAAAGAUUUGACUUUAUAACAUGUUCUCUUUUCCCUUCGUAUUGAGCUUAUAUGCUGGAUACAAUCAUUGCACUGCAGCUGGAAGCUUUACAGAAUCUAAAGACUGGGCUGUUUCUUAGAAGGGAAAAUGCAAGCAUCACUCUUGAGUUUGUCUACUUGUGCAACAACUAAAGACAUUGAUUGCAAAUACCAAGAUUUCCAUCUUCCCCAGCCAGCUUGGUAAUUCCACCAGAUCAAUUAUUUUGGAUCUAUUUUUCUUUUUCUUCCUUCUGCUGUAUGAUUUAAAUGAUGGGAGGGAACAGGGAUUAAUGAUCCAGAGCAGGAGUUCCCUUAGCCCCAGAAUUUCUCUGCAUCGUCUACCUCUUCAGGUGAACACACAUGAUGAAGAAGUUUCUGAUUAUGAUGAUGCAGAUACUGCUGCUACUGCAAGGGAUCCAAUCUGCUUUAUUAACCAAACUCCCACUGUCUGAGGAAGCAGCCAAAGGAGCACUAUGUACAGGAUUGCAUCUAUUCUGGUUUGUUUUCUACCCCUGGCCCCAUAUCAUUGAUGACUAUGAAGACAACAACAAAAAAGGGCAAAUGCAUUUUUUUACAUUUCUUGAUAAUUUUCAAAGCAAUGUAUCAUUGCUUUCUUUAAAUUGAUGCCAAUAUAACAAUUGUAUGGGUCUCAGCCAGCCUCCUGUGUCUUUUUCUGACUUAGAGUUUGAGAUCUUUCUGUGAAAAAUUCAUAUUUAUCUACAAAUAUAAUUUGACAACCCAGAAGAAACUUUUAGAUAAUACAAACUCCACUAACUGAUCAGAGUUACUAAGAUAAAUCAAAGUUUCUUAGAUACUUACUUAAAAAUCAACACACACUAUCCUCUAACGCCCUCGUAUAUGAACCAUGUUCUACACUGCUUUCUAUAUAUUUGUGUUAAAAGAUUAAAAUAUGUGUGUGUAUACACACACACACAAAGAAUAAGAUUUUUCAUUAAAAAAACUAUGAAACAAUUAUGGAACUGAACAACUGAGCCUAUUACACAUGAAUGACUAUAUUUCACAAUUAAAAUAAUAUUUUACAAUGUCUAGAAAACAGAUUAUAGUUUAAUAUUUAUAUAGGCCUUCAAAAUCCUUUUGCAGAAAAAGAUGAGAUGCUAACAGAAAUGUAUAUAGGGAACUGUUACAAGAAUAGAGAACAUUAACUAUUGAUCUAAUAGGCAUUGCAAGCCAUGGUAACCAAAGGUAUUUAUUGCAUGAAGGGAUAUAAAAUUAUAAUCAGAAUUAUAUUUCUGGAAGGUACUUCUAUUAUUAUUUGUUCAAUAGAAAUCAGGAAAUGUAAGUGGUAGGGAGAGGUCUGGGAUCAAAAAUAUAUUGGUGCUGCUAUCAUGACUGCUGACUGCCGACUGUCAGCAUUUCAAAUCUCACUGGCUCAAGGUUGACUCAAGGUUGACACAGACUUCCAUUUUUCCGAGGUCGGUAAAAUGAGGACUCAAAUUGUUGGGGGCAAUACGCUGACUCUGUAAACUGCUUAGAUAGGGCUGUAAAGCACUGUGAAGCGAUAUAUAAAUCUAAGUGCUAUUGCUAAAUGAUAUAAUGAAACAAUAUUCUGGAUUAAAUUAGGGUUUCAAAAUACAGUACAUAAGGUUACUGAAUAUCUUACAAUUUCCUAUACCAAAAUUGACUGGAUAUAGUCACCUUUAACUUACAAUGGAAAAGAAAUUUAUCCACAUUUUAUGUAUUGAUACAUGUUACAAGUCUGAAAUAUGAUAAAAAUCAAGAGUUCAUGAACACAUGAGAUUGGAUCAGAUCCCCUUCUUCCUCUGAAAUGACUGCUGCACAGAGAAAUAUGGAAGGGAGAAUGAUAAUGUAACCUAAACACAAAGACAGAUAUUUUUUCAGAGAAACUGGCUCCUGGUUUAGCAUAUGCUACAGGGACUACAGCACACAGUAUGUCUUUACAUGCGGCUUAUCCUGUACCAUAUCAAAUAGUGCAGGUUGAUGAAUAGCCAACUCUGAAAAAUCAGUCCUGCUCCUAUUACAGUAACGCUGACAAGAUGUUGUACAAGAUCAGGUGUAAUAGCACACCCCCAAAGUACCAAAGAGUGGAGAAUUUCUUUAAAAACAAAAGUUAUUUCUUUUCUUAUAUUCACCAUUCAGGCUGCUCCCUCUCCCCACUUUUAUCACUGUCUAGGUUUAACUACUGGUAUUUCUAAACUAGGUUUUUUUUUAAAUCCCAUUUAUUCAGCACUUGUUCAGAAAGUUUUGGAGUCUAAUAUCAAUAAUGCCAUUUUGAAAUGGUUUUAUUGUCAGAAAAUAGGAAAACCACCAGAUUCAGCAGACACAGAAUUUUCAAAUUAUUUGCUCAUAUCUAGCAGUCAUCAGAUUUCUGGUAGAUUUCAGAUUUCAUUAGAUCUGGUAGUCCUAUCAGAUAACUUCCUCUCCCAAACUCUUAACUAAUGACUAUUAAGACUACCAGGCACUUUCUAUCAUAAUCUUCUGCCAAAAUCAAGUUGAAAGUGGAGAUUAGUACAGAAAAAGAGCCUAGUUGAGAUAUAUAUGCUGGUUAUUCCAUUUAAUAAUAUUUAAAACUGAAAUCAAAUAAGUUAUUUCACCUCAGCUUCUUACAUCACUGUAUAGAUUUUAACAUGCUGUUUCACUAUCUUGUGCUAUAGGCAUGCACAUUCUUUGUUACAUUUUGUACUACCAAUACUCAAAAAUACCAUUCAAAUCAUGCUAUUGGUAUGAAUUUACUAAUUUAUUGAAUCCCCCUUCCUACUUUGAAUUAAGCAUGUAAAUCUAGAUAAAACAAAUUAUUCAUUAUGACAGAAAAUGCAUUAAUUAUUCAAAAAUAAUCUUCCUAAACGGCUUACAAACUUAAAUCUCCACUUAAAAAUGAAAAUAGUUACGUUUUUGAAGAUAAUAAAAUAAAUAAAAAAGCUGAUUUUUAUAUGUAUUUGGCCCAAGUACUUAUUAAGAAGAAAAUUUAGAUCAGUAAUGUAUACUUCCAGCACAGACAAGCCAUUCCAGCUUAUUAAAAACAAAAAACCUAUUGAGGUAUAGAAUUCUCACAGAUUUUAAUAAUGAAAUAAAAAUAAAAAGACCAAGCUGACAAAAAGAAGAAAGAAGCAUGUAAACAUCUGAAUUGUAGACAAAGCAAACUCUGUCCCCUUGAGAUCCUAGCAUGUGCUUUCCAAUACUGCUUUUCCCUUUUCCACCUACUUCUGCUCACAGCAGACAAUCUAUAUUAUUUCUCUGCUUCUGGUGACAAUUUAUUUCGGACAGGCAUUUCACAGUUGCAGGGGCUAAAUACAGAAUCCUACAACCCAGAAAAACCUAUUGAAGAACCGUCUAGAAUAUUUAUUUAUAUAUUUAAUUGCUGGCUUACUUAUUAAUUAUAGUGGGCACAUAUGUGCUAUGGACCAAAGCUGCAGAUGAACAAAUCUCACAUUUUCAUUUUUCAAUCACUAGAGAAGAUUUAUCAUCUUACAUCAUUGCUGACUGAUAAAUGGAUGUGAGACCAAUUCCAAAAUGAAAAAAAAAAUAAAAAAAUCCUCCAAUUACAUUUUCUGAGAACUUUUACUAUAAAUUGAACUAUAAAUUGUUCCCAGGCAAACUAGUUAGCUACAACUGCUAAUGUUGUAGUCCAAUUAGAAACAACUUCCAUAAAAUAUUUAGAUGGGAAGGCAAAACCCAAGGCUGCCCAUUUCCUCUCUAUGUGUAACUGAAUGUGUAUGGUUGACCAAGAUACACAAAUAGGUCCUCUUCUCCCAUAACUUUGUUAGGCAUACUUGCAGGGGUGGGUUCUACUUAUCUUUACUACUGCUUCGCAACCCAGAGCGCACACAUGCACAGAUUGUCAAUUAUGACCUCCAGGCGGGUAGGCAGAGCCUCCCACCACUUUUACUACCGGUUCGCAAGAACUGGUCAGAACCAGGAGCAACUCACCACUGCAUACUUGGCAAUCAAAGCCUAUAACCAUUCCAGAACUUUUUGGAAAAGGACAAAAAAAGGAUCUGUUUGUUGUCUUCCAGAUCCCUAAAAGUGGAGAAGUGGGCUGAGGGCAAACAGGCUCUGGAGAACAGUGAAAAAAACAUAGUGGUAACUUCUCUGAAUGAUUAAAACGUGGCCAAAUAGAAGUUUGCUUGUGUUCUCUUUUCUCCCUGUGCAUGCAAAAUUAAACAUAUAUUUUUUCUGACUUUAUUCAUUACACUUUAAUUAUGUUCCUCCAAGAAACUCAAGAAGAUGUGCAUGAUCAUAUCCUUAAAUAUAAUUAAGUUGUUUUCAUUCCCCUUUUUUGCCUUAAUUUCCUAUCUCUUCUCUGGACAUAGUUCUAAUAUAAGUACCUGGGCAAUUCAAAAUGUUCAUGACUUAGUGUUUGCACUAGCUUAACCAGAAUCAAAGGCUUAAAAACAACAAGCACAAUACAAAAUAGAUCUCAGCUUCCUUUUCAGUGUAUAUACCAUGGAUCUAUUCCAAGAAAAUCCUCAUAUUACAUUAAACAAUUAGACUAAUAAUGUGGUCUUCUAUUUUAGGACAAUUUGAAGUUCUUGACCCAUUGUUAUCAAUAAGCUAUCAUUUUGUAAAUUUAUGUCAAUAGGGGCAAGUUGAUAAAACAAUAUUUAUUUUAUUAAUCUUCUAUAUUACAACUACAUUAGAAUUAGAAUAACUGAAUUCUUCCAACUAGUUCCUAUAACAUUACUGGAUAAAAGGUGUCCUACAAGGCCUGUACAUCUAAAAAAGAAAACAUUUCUAGAUUCUAUAAUUAUGAAUUUGAGAUUCAUACAUAAAUAAGGCAUAUUAUAACCUCACAUACCCAGAGCUUCCAUAUCAACAUUCUUCCAUAAAAUAAACAUGCUGCAUGUCUCUACCAAUAGAUAUUUUAAUAUUUAUAAUACUAUCUCUAUGUCAAAGAUGCCUCUAUUGCAGAUAUGUUUGAUUAUCUCAAAGUGUCUGGAUGAUGAGGCUACCUUGUGCCUUUCUUCAAUAUGUAUGUAUAGAGGAUGGGAAGAUUUAUUCCUAAAUGAAUGUAAUUUAGAAAGAUAAGAAUUUUUGAAAUAACAAUUUAUGUAAUUUUACUUUAAAAACUACAUAAUGUAGGGUAUUAUACCUAUAGAUCACUGUCUCUGAUUUCAGCUUAGCACAGUACAGGAAGAGCCAUAUUUAUCCUUACCCCAUUAAGCUAAGAGAGUUGAUCCUGAAAAAAAAUAUUAGCCACCUUUUCUAAUUUCAUUGUAAGGUAGGCUGGAGAAUAAUUUUGAAGGUCUGCCUUUCGGACCAUCAGUUAUAAAUAUUUAUUUACAUGAUACAGCCUUUUGCAUGUAGUUUUUUCUCAGUGUCUGGAUUUGUGAAUUAACUGGAUUCUCAAAAUGUAAGUCAGUUAAGAGAUAUAUGUCUAUUCCACAUUUCCCUUUUCUCUAACCUGAAAUGCUCAUACUGUUUUAGAGAUGUGCCCAGGUAUAACUGUUUACCACACAUACAAUUUCAGAAUUUUAAAGAACUUAACUGAAAUCAAGAAGGCUGCACUGCCCAUGUAAAAUAAAAGUGUAUACUUUGUAACCAUGCAAUCCUGCCAUAGGUGAAAAACAAAGUCUCACCCUCUUUUCAAAUAUUUUAAAUAAACAGAAUUAAUUGUUAAGAAGUGAGCCAGAGAAUUGCCUUGGUGUGAGACAAAUGUAUAUAUCUGUAAGACUGCAUUUUUAUUUAAGGAAUUAUGUUAUUUUAAAAAUUACUAAUAAAUUUUUUAACUAUGUCAUUAUUGGUUUAUCCUAACCGUUUCUAAAUAUAAUCUUUCCUCUUGGAAUCUACUGCAAACUGACCAAUUUGCCUGAUAUUGUCACCUAUUUAUAAACGUAUUCACCCCACUCUUAUCUAUAAUAGUCCCAUCAAUGCAAACAGAAUCAG